AUGGCAAUCACAGUCCCGGAGCCCAACAAACACUAUGCCAUGGCCGCGCUGCUGCCCUUCCCCCUGGCCCCCGAGUCCGGGCUGAUCGUGCAAUACGAGGCGCAGACGGCGCAGACGCACGGCUGCGGGGGAGCCUAUAUGAAGCUCCUGUCGCCGCCAGACGGCUGGGCGCCACAGCGGCUGAGGAGCCGGACGCCCUACUCGAUCAUGUUCGGGCCCGACCGCUGUGGCGCGGCGGCGAGGGUGCAUCUAAUCUUGAAAUGCUUCAACCCAGCCCUCGGCGCCACGACAGAGCACCACCUGGCGUCGCCCCCGCCCCCGCCGAACGACAGGCUGCCGCACAUAUACACCCUCAUGUUGUCCAAAGAAGGCCGCUACCGCGUUCUGAUCGAUGGAGAGGAGCGCGCUGCGGGCGGUCUCCUGGAUGACGGCGCCUUUGAGCCGCCGCUGCGCCCGCCCAAGCGCAUCCCCGACGCCUCUGAUGAGAAGCCCCUCGCCUGGGACGAGCGCGAGGAGAUUGACGACGUCCGCGCCGUCAAGCCGUCUGACUGGGACAACCGAAAGAUGAUCGUCGACCCGGACGCAGUCAUGCCCGCGGGCUGGCUGGAGGGGGAGCCGACCCACCUGCUUGAUGAGGGCGUGCCAAAGCCGCGGGACUGGGACGAUGCGCGAGAUGGCGUGUGGAUGCCUCCAGAGGGCGAAUGGAAGCCGCGGCUUAUCAAGAACCCGGCGUACUUCGAAGGCCAAUCAGUGGACGCACCUCUCAAACGCAUAGCGCCCAUCCGCGCCGUCGCCUUUGAGAUUUGGACCACCGGUGAGCCCAGCGACACGCGCCCCCAACUGGCCUGA